ACAUAAAACAAAGAAGCACGAUAAUCAAUGAUCCUAGAUUUAAGAACAGAAACAAAAGACACGAACUACUAGUUUCCCCUUCUUGUUCUUCUUAUAUUUCUCUCUCUUGAUUAUCCGCCGUUUCUGCUUAACUGUGGAUUGUUGUUUCUUUGAUCUUUGAAGAAUUCAGUCAUGGCUGCCAAUUUCUGGACAUCAUCUCAUUACACGCAUCUUUUGGUUCAAGAAGAUGUGGAUAAGGUGAAUCCAGUUGAUAAAGAAAAGGGUGUCACCCUUGAGGAUUUUAAGCUCAUUAAGAUGCAUAUGUCCAAUUAUAUUUUGAAAUUGGCUCAACAAGUAAAAGUGAGGCAAAGGGUUGUUGCUACUGCAGUUACAUACAUGAGGCGUGUUUAUACAAGGAUGAGUAUGACAGAAUAUGAUCCACGCCUUGUAGCUCCAGCAUGCUUGUACCUUGCAUCAAAAGCAGAAGAAAGCACAGUGCAAGCUAGGCUGCUUGUAUUUUACAUUAAGAAAUUAUAUGCUGAUGAUAAGUAUAGAUACGAAAUCAAGGACAUACUUGAAAUGGAGAUGAAGAUUUUAGAAGCAUUGAAGUAUUACCUGGUUGUAUUCCACCCAUACCGUUCCCUCUCCGGGUUUCUUCAGGAUGCAGGUCUGAAUGAUCUAAGCAUGACGCAACUGACUUGGGGGCUUGUAAAUGAUACAUACAAGAUGGACCUAAUGCUGGUACAUCCACCACAUCUGAUUGCUUUAGCUUGCAUAUACAUUGCUAGUGUACUCAGGGAGAAAGAUACCACUGUCUGGUAUGAAGAACUUCGUGUUGAUAUGAAUGUGAUUAAAAACAUAUCAAUGGAGAUACUUGAUUUUUAUGAAAACAACAGAAUGUUCACUGAUGAGAGAAUCAAUACUGCUCUCCAGAAGCUAUGAUCUUGAUCCCCUAAAAGUGCUAACCUGGAAUAUGUGGAACUUGAAUGAAAUUAUUUGCUAUAGUGGCUUGUAGUUGUAUGAAUGAAGAAAAGAAAAAAGAAAAAAAUUAUAUAUUUAUUAUCUAUGUCAUGUUAUACAUUAAAAAGCUUUGUAAUCAUUACCAAUAGUAUGGACAAAUAAUAUUGGCUAUUGGGGUCAACCAAUGUAUUAUGAAGAGCUAAAUUUCAUUGGAAAAAAAGUGAUUCUUGAUGAGGAAAA